AGUCACGGUGGCACAGACGAAUCUGUUGGUGCCAUUCAUACACGCCAAUUGGUCCGGAAUUCCCGGUCGGCGGCCCUUUCAAAUUCGGCUAAAGUGUUGUUCUGUACCGACCUGCAAGUUGGCGCAGUUCAAGAGGCUAAGACUUCGCUCGCCUUUCCACAGAUACCCUCAAACCAGGAACUUGAGCCUGCAAGCCUCCACUAAACUUAUGGUCAAAAAGUCUUUCCGGUUCUAUUCCGCCGACCAUAUAUGUGUAUACAUUUGUAUAUUUAUUUACUCAAGUGCUUUUACUUGUGUGUGUGUGUGUGUGUGUCAACGUCAGUACCGACCUAUGCAUCCCUUCCUUACAUACUUUCAUAUAAAGUUUAAGGCUUCGCAAUAUUGUUGUUGUCGUCUAAAAGGACCCUGUUGGUUGUGCUAA